CGUCACUUCCGUGUGUCUGCAGCUUCUGUUCCCCCCGGGCGCCGGAACCCGUUAAGUUCCUACUUCUGGUGUCUGGACCUCUCCACAGAGCUUGCCCUGCGUGGCGCCCAGCGCGGGGACAUGAGCGUUCCUGUGUCACCGCCCCCGGACGGGGUCCUGAGCGGGCCCUCCGACAGCCUAGGGGCCGGCGAGCCCACGCUGGGCUUGAGCGACGCGUCUCCAGAUGAAGGGCUGAUAGAGGACUUCACUGCAGAGGACAGAGCUGUGGAACAGCUGGUGGGGGGCCUGCUGUCCCACUACUUACCAGAUCUGCAAAGGUCGAAGCAAGCCCUCCAGGAGCUCACACAGAACCAGGUUGUGUUACUAGAUACAUUGGAACAAGAGAUUUCAAAAUUUAAAGAAUGCCAUUCCAUGUUGGACAUCAAUGCUUUGUUCACAGAAGCGAAGCACUAUCAUGCCAAGCUGGUGAACAUACGGAAAGAGAUGCUGACGCUUCAUGAGAAAACAUCAAAGUUGAAAAAAAGAGCACUUAAGCUCCAGCAGAAGAGGCAGAAAGAAGAGCUGGAGAGGGAACAGCAACGGGAGAAGGAAUUUGAAAGAGAAAAGCAGUUGACAGCCAAGCCAGCCAAAAGGACAUGAGAAGCUGGGUUGUGGGUGUUUCUGUCCUGUCAUGCUCCCUGAAUCUGCAGUGCUGUACAGGAAGAGUGAGGCAUGGACGGUGCUUAUGCCGUGCCAUGUCUUGAAAUCUUCCCCAGGGUUGCUGCGUCUCCAUGACGUCACUUCACUUCACUCAAGAAGUAUCGAUUUUAGAGUUUCAGUUUCUUCUUUUACAAUGACAGGUCUUUCCUGCACUGCAACACUGAUUUUUGGCAAUCACUUUUCAUUGCUUAAAGAGAAAUGCCAAACUGUCUGAUCACAAAUAUCCUAGGAAGAGAGCCUCCGAGCCUUUGUGAAGGAAGUGUGCACACUGGAAAUACUUAGAUGUAGGCCAGGGGAUGCCAGACAGAUCUUCCAGCUGUUCUCCGCUUUUCAACGCUGCUGCUCAUGUAGUCUUGGGGUUCAAGGCAGGAUUCUAGCCAUUUCUAAAGCUGCAGUGAUGGUGGAUCUGCCAGAUGCUCAAAGGUGUGCAUGUGUGCGUGUGUGCGUGCAUGUGUGUGUGCGCGCGUGCGCGUGUGUGUGUGUGUGUGUGUGUGUGUGUAUAUUGUAUUUUUGUGUUCCCCCCCCCCCAGAGACAGGAUCUCUAUAAAGUCCUGACUAUCCUGGUACUCGCUGUGUAGACCAGGCCGGCCUCAAACUUACAGACAUCCACCUGCCUCUUAUUCCUGGUGCUGGGACUCAAGAUGUGCAGUGCCACGCCUGGCUCUGUGCUUUUUAAAGUAGAACAGAAUCUGCUGCUGCUCACAUCAUAUGUGGUUACAGCGUGGUAGAAUGGCAGUCAGUAGUGUACAGAAGAGACAGCACGGUACCUUUAGGGGUUUUUCUUCCUCAUGCUGUAUGUCCGAACUUACACUGCGGGGCAAGAUGAAGUCUCAUUGUUGGAAAUCAAGAGUUAGUGUACUUUCCCACCAUAGUGUUUAGAGUGCAGCUGGUUUCUAACGCCUGCUGUGUGAGAGCAGUAUGAACUGCAAAGGAGUCUGGUUAGAAAGUGCAUUUUGUAAUCCAUGUUACACUUUUAGUAAGCUGGAAUUUCUACCUCUGAUCACAUACUGGGCGAACAAUAGAUCAUGAAAGGUGAAUGAUGCCAAGAACUUGUCAGGUUAAAGGCUUACCUAUUUCUCAAAGACUCUUUUCUUUCUUUAAUGAAUGAAUUGUGAUCCCACCAGUCACAGCCUUCUGCUUAAGAAUACAAAUGGGUCUAUUUGAAAGGCUGUUACUCUUAGUCACUUGUAUGUCACUCCCAGAGCAGGAGUCACAGGACUUGCAGUACAAUGCCAUUAAAUUGCCGAAUGUACUUGUUUAAUAAAAUCUCUGACAUCUGACAA